AUGCUCGCCAUCAGCGUGCUCAGUGAGGUGCUCCUGGGCCGGUCGCUGCGGGACCGCGAGCCCACCAUCGUGCACCACUUCGCCUUCCAUGACGACCCGGGCCGGUUCGCGUACCCGGACCUGGCGGCCGGCCUACUCAUGUCUGUCUCCCUGCUCAAUAGUCUGGCGCGGCGCUACUCGCAGCUGCCUGCACCGCCGGUCGACUUCUCCAUCGACCCGAUGCACGAGCUGGCCCUGUUUGCGUGGCGCGAGGGCGAGGGGCCGUCCCUCAGCGACAGUGGCGCCCUCUGCGUGGCGCCCGCCGCCGGCUGCGCCACCGAGCAGCGGCCGCCGCCGGCCUGCUCGGGAGAGUUGGACGCCUCAUCGGUGCACUACGCCGUGAAGACGUGUGCCAAGUUCCACAAGAGCCGCCUGCCUGUAGUGCGCGAGACCUGGGCCCGGGACGCCGUCCACGUGCGCUACUACAGCGACGAGGCAGACGAGCUUUACGGCACCAUCAGCGUGGGUGUCGCCAACACGGAGCGCGGCCACUGCGCCAAGACGCUGCGCAUCCUGCAGCGCUCGGCCGCCGUCGCUGGCCUGCGCUGGCUGGUGGUGGCCGACGACGAUACCAUGCUCAGCGUGCCCCGUCUGCACCAGCUGCUGGCCUGCUACAGCCCGAGUGAGCCGCUCUUGCUGGGCGAGCGGUACGGCUUCCGCACCUCCGGCGGCGGCGGCGCCGGAGGCUACAGCUACAUCACCGGCGGCGGAGGGAUGGUGCUGAGCGUGGAGGCAGUGCGCCGGCUGAGCGCGAGCUGCCGCUGCCCGACGGCCGACACGCCCGACGACAUGCAGCUGGGCCUGUGCGCCGCCGCCGCCAGCAUCACGCUCGUCCACUCGCCCCGCUUCCACCAGGCGCGGCCGCCCGACUACCCGGCCGAGGUGCUUACCCACAGCCGGCCCGUGUCGUUCCACAAACACUGGAUGAUCGACCCGCGCGCCGUGUACCGCACCUGGCUGCAGGAGCCACGGCCGGCGGCGGAGCGGCACUCGGAGCUGUGAGCCGCGCCUGACGUCGCCCCGCGCCCGGCGGCGGGGGCCAGCGCCAGGACGGCCGCGGAGGGAUGAUGUGGCAAGCUCCGGCCAGGGGAGGCUUGGCUCGCGGCACCGGUGCAGCCGAGGCCGAUG